AUUUAGGAACUCUGAGUUUGGGGUGACCCCAAGGACCCUCAGGCCUAGAUUGACCCCAGGGACUCCCAGCCCUGAGGUGAGGCCCAGGGACUGCCCCAGCGCCCCUCAGACCCCACAGGUGGGCAGCCCCAGGGCUUGGCUGCAUCCCAGGCCUGUGGAGGGCCUCAGGCCUGCCCUGGGCCUGCAAGGCUGUGUCCCCCUGGGCUGUUCCCACAGCCACAGGACACAGGUGAUGCUGCCCUGAGUGGGGCUGGUCAUCUUCUUCCAUCUCCUUCCUUCCUGCAAGGCACUGUGGCACCAUGGCCGCUGCUGGUGGGGAGAGGCCGUGAGGGCCGAGGCCAUGGCGCUGUUUGGGGGCUCUCUGCCAGGGUGUCAGCCCUGAGAACAACAUGAACUUCAACGUCUGGAACAUCAAGGAGAUGCUGAGCACACCAACAGCCCUCGGGCCCAACAAGUUUUCCAUGCGGAGUAGCACUGCCAGUGACUACUCGAGUCUGAGUGAUUCUCAGCUGCUCUUUGGCUCCCAGUUCUGCCCGGAGAACGCGCAGUCGGCAGCAGCGCCGCUGGAGUUGGGCACGCAGCCGGGACAGCAGAACUCCCAGGAUAGUGAGCCCAGUAUUUUUGCCAAAUACCAGACAAAGCCACAGUUAUUUGAUGAAGAAACAAGAGAAAAAGGUUCUCUUAAUUUUGGUGCAGGAAGAGUAAAAAGUGUCUUGGAAAAUUUUGAAGCGAAUAAGAACAAAAUCAAGGACAAAUAUGACCGUGAAGUCCUAAGCUCCUUUAUUUCCAGCAUCAAAGACAAGCUUCAAGAGCUGCCAGUGUGCUUUGAGAAGUUUGAAGAAAUGCUUGAUUCCAAACUCAAAUCCAGUUUGGUCUGCCUAGAAACCCUUUUCAAGACAUUGGAAGAUGCUCUUCAAAGUCACUGCAGCUUGGUGCUGAAAGCUUUGACAGAAAAAAGCCAAAUGGAGCAGGCACUGCUGGAGAUGGAGAGGAGACUUGCAGCCAAAGAUGUUGAGAUUUUGGAGAUGAAAUCCAGUAUGCAACUGCUGAAGGAGGGUCUGGAGUCACUGCCAGCCCAGCUGAAUGACCAGUUCCUGAAAGCCUGUAAAGAACUUGGCUUCCUGAAGCAGUGUAAUACCUCAGCUGAGCAGCACACACUUUUGUCUAGUGCCAGCCUGCCCCCUCACAUGAUAGAUAAGUCUUUCCAGACCUCCCCUGGGCUGUGCCAGCACUGUGUCCUGAGUGAGGAGCACCUGCACAAAUCAUGCUGCCCAGGCAGGGGAGUUUGCAGCUGUUCAGGCUGGUCUCAUUUGCCCUGUGUGACAGUGGGACAGCAACACAGAGACUCCCCUGGAAGGAACCAGCUCACUGGAGAUGGCACAUCUAAGGGUGACCUACACCCAGCCCCAGGAGACAAAGCCAGCCCCAUUGCUACAGCAUCCUGUGGAAGAGCAAACACCUUUUUGCAGGAGGAGAAAUGCAGCUUGGAGACACAGAGCUGUGCUGCUCAUCCUUGCAUGUGCUGGGCUGGCAGACACUUUUUGGGGAGUAGUCAGACGAAACACUGUCCUGUACCUCUGGAAGGGCCUCUACCAACCCCCCUGAGGAAGGCGUUCAGGAGAGGCACUCGAGGGUUUAAACCCCUGACACCAUCACAGCAGCAGCAGCCUCAAGUUUGCCACCAUUCUACACAGAAAGCUACACCUGGGCAAAGACACAGCAACUGGUCUAUAGACCAUGAGGUGGAGAAAGCAGCUGUAGGGAACAAAACAAAACUGAGUCCAGGAAGGAUGUCCUGGAAAAAAGCAAUAAGGAGAAAGACAAUGUACUCCACUAAGGGGAAAGGCGAAUGCUCUGGAUGUGCUGACAGUGGGCUGAAGCAGAGGAAGACAAAUGGGAUUAUUGACUUGGAAAGCUCCAGAAAAAAUUCCCUUCAGAGCUACUUCGUUGAUCUUAAUUCAGAAAACUCUGACCUGGUUUUUGCAGCUCCCCAUCAGCAGAUCCUCAGCAGUGCUCAGAUGGGGCUUACAAAGAAUUUCCCACCAGUGCCACACACUGAUAAAAGCCUGCAACAACCUGCAAGCAGAAGAAAGAGAAGUCUUGAAAUGAAAAAAACAAUGAAAGUUUCCAGUGUAAAAAGGUAUCUCUUGGAUUCCUCUCCUGAGGAGGAUGUACUUUCCCUGUGUAGUGCAACAGGUGUAAAGCAAAUGAGCUACUUCAGCCUCCAAAGCCCCUCAAGCUCCAAGAAACCACAUCCUGUUAAUCCACUGGCUCAGCAGAAAACAGCCUGUUGCUCUUUACUGUUAGAUUGUGAUUCUUCUGAUUGAAGGGGUUUGUUUUACGCUUGAAGCCUUUAGUGCAGGAUGACCAUUUCAGUUGCAGUUUAUUCCUCUAGGUGUGUUACCUGCAUAGUCAGAGGCAAGACUCAGGCCUGGAUGCUUGAAAGUGCUACUGCCCAGCUGGAGAUAUUGUAAGGGACUACAUGGGGUCUAAGCAGGGCUCUCCUCUGGCUUGGAAAGCUGAAGGGAUCUGUAUUGCUUUACUUCCCAGCUCCCAGCAGAAAUGCCAUGGGCUUGAGUUAUCAUAGCAUUUGCACAGCAGUGAAGUACCUGACAUUCCCAGGGAGGAGAGGGCUGGCAGAGCAGACUGUCAGCUCAGUCAGAUUUGGCACUGAGAUCUACUGGAAAUUCCUCAACUAGAUUGAUACAAUGCUAUCUCUGUGGCCUGAGGCUUCACUCUGUUUCUCACUGUAGUAUCUCUGUUGGUUUGUUAUGUAAAAGUUCAGGUUUUUAGUAGAGUAGUAUUGUUCUGGUUGAUUUUGAUCAGGUUCAGAUUUGUUUCAGGAGUUGUUUGUGAACUUUGGGCAGCGAGAAGUUUAACUGAGGAAAACCAAACCCCAGCGUCUCAGGUUCAUCCAGUACUGUAUCUCUUCUCCUUACAGGCUGAAAUUCCUCAGUUUCAGAGAUUCCAGGAAGUUAUUUUGUUUCUACUUUAUUUGUCUUUUGUAUCUCUUGGCUGAUUAAGGAAUUCUCCAACAUACCCUUUUCAAGGCCAACGGUUCUCAGAAACUAAAGGUACAGCAGGCAGAUCCAGCAGAUGAGAUGUCUGGACAGUCCCAAUUCCCACAGAGCAACUCUCUUCAGGGUACCCAGCUGUGACUGUGGGCAGCUCCCACAGUCACAUUUGAUUUUUGAUAUGAAAUGUUACCAGCAAAAGAAACACUUUGGUGUUGACAAAACCAGAAUGCCACAAAUUCAAAUUAUCCAGUUUUGCCAUACCAAGGGAAAUGGCUGUGAUCCCUUUCUUCUGGCUUUAAUAAACUCAUCUUCAUCAGAGCUUAGUGUCUCUGUGUUGGGGGUUUUUUUUCGGGUUUUUUGGUUUUUUUUGGGGGGGAGGGGGGG